CUCACACUGUCACUUACUCGCACACAUACAGUAAAGAAGAAGAAGAGAGAGAAAAUCCUCCCCAACACACAAAUGGAGAGAGGAGUAUUAGAGAGGAUGCAUUCUUCUCGACGAAUACCAGUCUCAGGCGACGAUAACGAAACCGAAGAAUUCGACGACGAAUCAAAGACCAAGAAAACCGUCGCUUUCUCAACUCGGUUCAUCAAUUUUGUAACUCGGUACGGCCUUCUUUGGCCUUGCCUUGCUCUCGCAUUUAUCGUCGUUUUGUUCACUUUUUCCGUCGUUUUCUACACUCGUACUCUCGUUUGCGUUUCUUCCUCAACUAGUAGCUAUUUCCAACCUCAUUCGCGCUUCGCUUUCUUUGGAUUUGAUGGGCUUGAAUCUGACUUUGGAUCUCUUGGUGCUCCCUGGUGCAGAUCGAAACAUGAAAAAACGGUGGAAUGGACGUCCAAGGAUCUCAUCAGUGGAUUGGAAGAAUUUGUACCUAUAUAUGAAUCACGGCCGAUCAAAAACAACAUGUUCGGCAUGGGAUUUGACCAUAGCUUUGGAUUAUGGUUUAUUGCACGGUGGCUGAAGCCAGAUCUCAUGAUUGAGAGUGGUGCUUUUAAAGGGCAUUCUACAUGGGUACUGAGACAGGCUAUGCCAAACACUAGGAUAAUAUCAGUUACUCCACGUCAUCCUGAAAAGUAUCUGAAGAAGGGCCCGGCUUAUGUUGAUCAGAAUUGCACAUACUUUGCAGGGAAGGACUUUGUUGAUUUUGGAAAUGUUGAUUGGAAAAGCGUGAUGAAGAAACACGGGGUUACUGAUCUAAGCCGAGUUCUUAUCUUCUUCGAUGACCAUCAAAGUGAACUAAAAAGAUUGAAGCAGGCACUAAAGGCUGGUUUCAGACAUAUUGUCUUUGAAGAUAAUUAUGACACAGGAACUGGAGAUCAUUACUCCUUAAGACAGAUUUGUGAUCAAACUUAUAUAAGAGGCGGAGGACACAGUUGCUUCAAAGACAGCGAUGAAGCUAGAGUAAGAGCAAGAAGGAAACCAUUCUGGGAAAAAGCAAUGGACAUUGAUGAACUUUGCGGACCUAGUGAAUCAUGGUGGGGCGUAAGAGGCUAUAUGCGUGAUGACUUUAACCACAGCAACAAGUUAAUCUCUUAUUCCGAACACUUUCAGAAUAGUAGAUUUGUGGAAUCAAUAUUAGAUGUUUAUUGGGAAGUUCCGCCUGUGGCCGGUCCAUCGUUAACCCACCAAACAAGAUAUGAUCCGGCUCGGUCUGUGCCACCUGUCGUUGAAGAUGGUCGGUACGGCCUCUUCCAAAGGCUCGGUCUAGGUAGGCUCGAAACCUCUGUAUUUAAUGGCUACACUCAGAUGGUAUAUGUUCAGAUUUCUAAACCUGAGUCUUAAAGGUCAGUUUGGUCAUUUUGCAGCAAUGAUAUUUUUCUUGUUUCACCUACCAUUGUUCAAGUUUUUUUUUUUUUUUGUAAUCAUAGCUUAUAAUUUUGCACCUUCUAACCAACAGAAUUAUUGAGUUAGUUUUGUAAUUGAUUUCUUCGGCUAUGAUGUUAUAUAUAUAAAGUGUUUCUUUCUUUUGCUUUUGA